GCUCUCAUUCACAUACAGUGCCACUCAUUGUGUAAAUAUAGCCCGCCAGCGGACGUUUGUCGACAGGGAAAGCAGACAAAGUUCUCGGAGUUCGAAAAAGCGCGAUUGAGAUUCGAGCGGAGCGCUUGUGAUCGUGAGAUUGAGUAUCGUCCGGAAUUCAGAAGCCUCCAAAACCUCCGCCGGGAAGAUGAGUUGCGUCUCGAGAUCGAUUCUCAUCGAUGUUCAUCUGCCGGCAUCGGAUGAAGGAACGAAGCACAGAUUGCUGGAAGUGCUCGACGACCAGCUCGAACAGUUAGGCCUGACGCGUACCAGUUUCACCCACAAACUCGCUUCAUCGCAGCUUUACGUUUACGUUAGCGACAACGACAUAAGCGGCAGCCUUCGCGUAUAUCCCUCGAACAAGUUGGCCACUCUGACGCUGGAGGAAUCGAGCGACGAGCAGGCGAUGAGCAACGAAGACAUCGAAUGUUUCCGCAAACAGCUCCAGAAAGAGCUCGAAAUGCGCGUCGUCAGAGUGCCACACCUCAAGAGGGGUCCGCCAGUCCCAAAUUACUAUACGUCAGCCGACGAACGCUUGCUAGAGUACGACUUCGAUAAAAUUCUCUUCGAGAAGCAGAGCGACUUCCAGGAGGUGAAGAUCCUCAGCUCGCCGACGCUUGGCGCCGUGCUGUUCCUCGACGAUCUGCAGAACUUGGGCGAAUGUGAUUUGCCGUACACGCACGGUAUUAUGGAUUUCGGAAACUACAGCUAUACCGACAAGGACAUACUCAUUCUCGGCGGGGGUGACGGAGGACUUCUGCACGAGCUACUCAAGGAGAGCCCCAAAUUCGUCACGAUGAUCGACAUCGACGAAGUUGUUAUGCAAUCGUGCCGGAAACAUCUCAGAGGAGCUUGCGGCGAUUGCCUGGAUACGUACGAAGGUCCCAAUUAUAAUGUGAUUGUAGGUGAUUGCUUGGAGUACAUGGAACGCUAUAAGAACGAAGGAAGAAAAUUCGACGUGGUCUUCAGUGAUCUCACCGACAUACCGAUCUCAGCGGAAAUCGGCGGGCUAGCCCAACAGAACGAACAGUGGGAAUUCCUGAGCAAGGUUCUAAACGAUAGUUUGGACAUUAUGAACAAGGACGGAGUGUUCCAAAACCACGCGAUCGGUAAAGGAUGCGUUCAGGCGCUCGAAAGUUACGAGAAGUUCCUCAAUACCCUAAAAGGUACACACUUCACGAAGCGUAUUCGAUUCGUUCCCUCGUUUCUGGAAGAAUGGGUUUUCUACAGCAUCUUCAAAGACGCCUGAUCUGGAUAUGCUCCAGAAGAGAGUCUCUUCAUCAGCCGGAAACUUCUUAGAUCAACUAAAGCGCUUCACUGCCCGCUGCUGUCAAACGUUACUUCCGUGUCCGAGCGUUGAGGCUCAAAAUUCGUGUCUGCGUAGUGUCCGGAACAUGGGUUUUCAAAUCGAAGUGGACCUAAUAUGGCCCCGAAUGAGUCUGUCGUUCUUUGUGUUUCUCUGGAACUCCGAGUCCGCUCAUUCUUUUAUACCAUAAUAAUAUAUCUAUGUGGCUAGAUACGAUCUAUACCCAAUGAAAUCUUAUUUGUAAUUUAUGAAUAAAUUUUGCGCGUGUCUCGACUCG